AUGGACACUGUCGACUCACAAAGCGCAGCGUCGAUACCUUUGCCUACUUCUCCGCAGCUCGACUAUGCCGACACGCCAUAUGUCUUAGCACAGGUCGACGCGUCAACGGCCCAGCCAGUGGAACAGUCGCAUGCGUCUCCUGUGGGAGGUGAUUCCAUGGUAGAUGUUGACCUUAACGCGGAUGAACAGCAGGAUUUCCGGCAUGCGGAGGAGCCACGCGAACAAGUACAUGUUACGGCAACGCCUGAAGAGCAAGUUUCUACGUCACAGCCUGCCGUAGACCAUAUCGCCGAGAUUACUCAGGAGGACACUCUGGCGGAGCAGAGUAUUCAGCCAUGUUCUGGCCGGCAGACCCCGCCCAGUAGAUCUUCGUCUGCUGCAUCUCACCGGCGCUCGCUGACCGUCUCAAGGGGCAAGACCAUCCAAGGAAGCGAAGCGGUCUGCCCCUUGAAGGAGAGUGUGCAACGCGCUCUCGAACUGGUCAAGUCCGGGCAAGGAGGAGACCGCCCUCGCGAGAUCUUCGAGCCUCUGCGCCUGGCAUGCGAGACCCGUAACGAGAAGCUCAUGGUUGCUAGUUGGACUAAUACCGACUCGCAACCAUUUCCUUCUCCUCCCCCAUCGCCCGCAGCAAAUGGCAGGAAUUCCAUUUCCACAGGUUCAAACGUUAAUCUUCCGGCCAUUUCCCUCGUCGACAUCGUUGUGCACACCAUCACUUCCUGCCAUUCCGAAACAACUCCAGACCCGGUCUCGCUUCAGAUCGUAAAAGCUCUCCUCUCCCUAGUUUUAUCCUCGACCAUCCUCGUUCAUCAAUCAUCCCUCCUCAAGGCCGUUCGGACUGUCUACAACGUAUUCCUGCUCAGUUCUGACCCCGUCAACCAGACCGUGGCGCAGGGCGGCCUCACGCAGAUGGUCAAUCAUGUGUUCAGCCGCGUGAAGCUUGAGCCAUCACUGUCUCGCAGCGAGUCUACGACGACCUUGAACUCCAAGACCGAGGCGACGCGGAUGCGACCCUCGUCCACCUGGUCGUCCAGGAAUUCGAUGCAAGGACUGCAGAGUCCACCUCCGAGCAUCAGGCCGUCUUUGGCUGGGACGGAUUACACAGGUUCUACGCUCGUGAACAGCGAUUCCCAACAACCUGGGGAACAUUCGCAGGAAGGAUCCGGCAAUGGGUCGAUGUCUGAGGACGCUCCGGAUGAUAAACCGAACGGUCAUGUAAACGGCGACACUCAAGAACACCCGUACGCCCCAGAACCGUCGGAAAUUGCUCCCAGUGAAGCUGGGCCCGACGACGAUGACGACAGCAGUAGACGACUAUCGAUCAAUGACCUGUUUAUCAAAGAUGCAUUUCUAGUAUUCCGCGCGCUGUGCAAGCUCACGAUGAAGCCACUGAACUCGGAAAGCGAGCGCGAUCUGAAGUCGCAUGGAAUGCGAUCCAAACUGCUGUCUUUGCAUCUCGUCCUGACCAUUCUCAACACGCACAUGUCCCUCUUCGUCUCACCAUCUGCCAUUAUCUACUCAAGCUCCUCUCGCGAAGCCACACCAUUCGUCCAGGCAGUCAACCAGUACCUGUGUUUGUGUCUGAGUCGCAAUGCAGUUAGUCCCGUCCCGCAAGUCUUCGAGAUCAGUGUCGAGAUUUUCUGGAGGGUGAUUUCGGGCUUGCGUACAAAGCUGAAGAAAGAGAUCGAGGUCUUACUUCACGAAAUCUUCAUACCCAUACUGGAAAUGAAGACGGCAACGCUGCGGCAGAAGGCAGUAAUCCUGAACAUGGUACACCGACUAUGCCAAGACCCGCAAGUGCUCGUCGAAAUCUAUCUGAACUACGACUGUGACAGCGAGGCGGCAGACAAUAUCUACGAGCACCUCAUGAACAUCAUCUCCAAGAUCGGAACAGCGCCCGUAUCGCACAUACAGCAGAAGGGGAACGACCCCGUCAGCCCUGCUCCGGGGUCUACACAUAAGACUCCGAGUCAAUCGGCAGUCCCUCCGUCCUUGAGCACGACAGCGCUCGCUGGACCCGGCGGCACAGAUGCUUCCUCCAUGGGCUUAUCAGAACAAUAUCUCAAGCGACUGGGAUUAGAGUGCUUAGUUGCAGUGCUGAAGUCGCUCGUAGUCUGGGGCACCGCUGUGCCCGAUGAAAUGAGGAGGGACAGCGAAACCCCUGAUUCGUCGUCCUUGGACCUCAGACCGGGACCUCCUAGCGCAGAUCCCACACGACAGCCGACUCCCGAGGCUGCGGACGACCCCAGUAAGUUCGAGAGUGCAAAGCAGAAGAAGACGACGUUGUUGGAAGGCAUCAAAAUUCAAUUCUUCCUCGAAUCGGGCUUCAUUCCAAGCAACGCGCCAAAGGACAUCGCGAAGUUCUUGCACGAGACCGAUGGGCUCAGCAAAACUAUGAUCGGCGAGUAUCUGGGCGAAGGCGACGAGGCCAAUAUCACUAUCAUGCACGCGUUCGUCGACAUGAUGGAGUUCCCCUUCCGGCUUCCGGGUGAAGCGCAGAAGAUUGACCGUUUCAUGCUCAAGUUCGCUGAGCGGUAUAUCGCUGGCAACUCCUCGACGCCGUUCGCAAAUGCAGACGCGGCAUACAUCCUGGCGUACUCUAACAACCGCGGGAUCAACGAUGAUGCAGAUCUUCCAGAGGAGUUCCUGUCAACGAUCUACGACGACAUCGUGUCGAACGAAAUCCGCAUGAAGGACGAGAUGGAAGCUACACCCAUCGUUGCAACGCCUGGUCCUGGUCUGGCUGGUGCUCUCGCAACGUCGGCGUAUAUGAUGCAGUCGAACAACAUGACGAGCAAGACAGAGGUGAUUACAGGCCUAUUCAAGACGUUGAUGCGAUCACAGCGCAAGGGGAGCAAGUCGAGCGAACAGUUCUUCAGCGCGUCACAUUUCAUUCAUGUUCGGCCUAUGUUCGAAGUCGCAUGGAUCCCCUUCUUGGCAGUAGUCGAGAUCUGCUUGGAUGGCUUCAAGAAUGCUAUCCGCAUAGUAUCGUUCUUCGACAUGGAGCUGGAGCGCAAUGCCUUCGUCACACGCUUGCGAAGUGAGAUGAAGACGAAGAACAUGGAGGCUAUCAAGACUUUGCUCGACGUUGCUGUCAACGAAGGCAACAACCUGAAGGGCUCUUGGCGUGAAGUGCUCACCUGUGUCAGUCAACUUGAGCAUAUGCAACUCAUUAGCAGUGGCGUCGAGUUGCCUGAUAACGGUCGCAAGAGUCGUUCCCGCAAACCACCUACGGAAGAGCUAGCGAACGAGAGCAGAUCUACACACAUCACCGUCGCUGCCGAUAUGGUGUUCUCACUCAGUCAUUAUCUCUCUGGAACUGCAAUCGUCGACUUCGUUCGCGCCCUGUGCGACGUCUCGUGGGAAGAGAUCCAAUCUUCGGGUCUGUCGCAGCAUCCUCGUUUGUUCAGUCUGCAGAAGCUUGUCGAGAUCGCGUACUACAACAUGAGCCGCAUUCGUCUCGAGUGGAACAAUUUGUGGGAUAUUCUCGGCGAACACUUCAAUCAGGUCUGCUGUCACAACAACCCGCAUGUCGGAUUCUUCGCGCUGGAUGCUUUACGACAACUGGCCAUGCGGUUCUUAGAGAAGGAGGAAUUGCCGCACUUCAAAUUCCAGAAGGACUUCCUCCGGCCGUUUGAACACACCAUGUCACAUAACUCGAACCCCGACAUUCGCGACAUGGUGUUGCAAUGCUUGCAACAAAUGAUUCAAGCGCGUGUGGAAAACAUGAGGUCUGGUUGGAGAACGAUGUUUGGUGUCUUCUCAGCUGCCUCGAAGGUCCCGACUGAACGCAUCGUCAACUCGGCGUUCGAGCUUGUCACCCGCUACCAGAAGAUCAGUCUUUUGGCCAUCGCCAUGCUGCGAGGAAUCAUCCCUAUCAUGCUCAAUUCGCCGGAGUGUGGUCUGACCGUAGGAGUGAAUGACACCGAUCGCAGCACGGAUGAUCCUAUGAUCAAGUUCUGGUUCCCAGUAUUGUUUGGCUUCUACGAUGUGAUCAUGAAUGGUGAGGAUUUGGAAGUGCGACGGCUUGCACUUGAUUCGCUCUUCUCUACGCUCAAAAUGUAUGGCAAGACCUUCCCGGAGCUGCUCUUCCCCAUCUUCGCCGAGGACAUGAGUGUCUGGCUCUCAACGACCAUGAUCCAGGCAUUGCGCAAUUUGAUCGACCUAUAUACGUUCUACUUCGAGACGCUGGAGCGUUUCCUUGACGGGUUGCUCGAUCUUCUGUGUGUCUGUAUUUGUCAAGAGAACGACACGCUCGCACGCAUCGGAACGAGCUGUCUGCAACAGCUACUCGAGAAUAAUCGCGUCGCUACUACCUUCCUCUUCGACGAUAAUCUGCGAAUAGAACUGGAUGGCAGCACUCCAGAUCUGUCUGAUCCCAACGAAUCAAACGGUCAGGCCAUCCUUCCCGCGCCUCUCUCGCCAAACAACAGCGGACAGCUCAAGUCCGAUAUCAUCGUGAAAUGCGUCCUGCAGCUUCUGCUCAUUGAGAUGACCAAUGAUCUAUUGAGGAAUGACGAACAUUUACUCCGUCUGAUGGGUGUUCUCGACCAUAGCUACCAGUUCGCCAGGAUGUUCAACGAGGACAAAGACCUACGGACUGGUCUCUGGAAAGUUGGGUUCAUGAAGCACUUGCCUAACCUUCUCAAGCAGGAGUCAAGUAGCGCGUCGACUCUGGUCCAUGUUCUCCUUCGUAUGUAUUACGACUCUCGCCCUGAGCACCAGGCCGCUCGUCCUCAGGUCAUGGACGACUUAUGCCGUAAGCCACACAAAUGCAUCUCCCCCGCGUUGGGUCUGGGUGUGCUGGGCGAUUACAACAAACUCCGAGUCGAUACGCAGCUCAAAAACAUAAUGGCAUGGACACCUGUCGUUGCCGAGAUUAUGCAGGGCUUUGUCCGUCUAGAUGACAAGGCAUUUGGGAGAUAUAUGCCGGCCAUAUACCCUCUGGCAACUGAUUUGCUGUCUCGAGACUUAGCAGCAGAGGUUCGGGACGGUCUCCGGGAAUACUUCCAGCGGGUAGGAUACAUUCAGGGCAUCAUGGAACGGUCAUAA